CCAGGAGGUUCUGGAACGUAGGUGGGGGCCAGGGCCUGGGCCGCAGAGGGCACAGGGCCAGGGGCUGAGGCUGACAGAGGCUGUGGAGCCCGGCCCGCGUCUCAAGCAUGGUCCUCGAGCUCUACCUGGACCUGCUGUCCCCGCCCUGCCGCGCCGUCUACAUCUUCGCCAGGAAGAACGGGAUCCCCUUUGACUUCCAGUUUGUAGAUCUCCUCAAAGGUCACCACCACAGCAAGGAGUACAUCAACAUCAACCCCCUGAGGAAGCUGCCCUGCCUCAAGGAAGGAAAAUUCAUCUUAUCUGAAAGUGUGGCCAUCCUCUUCUACCUGAGCCGCAAGUACAGUGCCCCGUCGCACUGGUACCCGCCUGACCUGCACACGCGUGCCCGUGUGGACGAGUUCAUGGCCUGGCAGCACACAGCCAUUCAGCAGCCCAUGAGCAAGAUACUCUGGGUCAAGUUGCUGAUUCCCUUGAUCACGGGGGAGGAGGUUCCUGCCGAGAAGAUGGAGAGUGUGUUGGAAGAGGCAAACAAAAACCUGCAGCUCUUUGAGGAAAAGUUCCUGCAGAACAAGCUGUUCAUCACGGGGGACCACAUCUCACUGGCCGACCUGGUGGCCCUGGUGGAGAUGAUGCAGCCCAUGGGAGGCAACCACAACGUCUUCCUCAACAGCUCCAAGUUGGCCGAGUGGCGCAUGCGCGUGGAGCUGACCAUCGGCUCCGGUCUCUUCUGGGAGGCCCAUGACCGGCUGGUGAAGCUGGCGGACUGGGACUGCUCCACGUUGGCUCCCUCGGUCAAGGAGAAGUUCAUUGAGUUUCUGCAGAAGUUCAAGUGAGCCCAGAGGCGGCCCGUGCCGGCCGGCUCAGCCCGCGAAACCUCCUUUCCCGGGGGGAGAUGCUAAAAACACAUCCUUGUUUCUUUUACCUAAUAAAGAACGAUGACCACUGGC